AUGACAGACAAAGAUCCCUCACCGGCUGAAGACGCCGCCUCGCGCGCCAAGGAGCUUGAAGAGCAGGCCAGCCUGCCGUACAAGUGGACGCAAACCAUCGGCGAGCUCGAUGUCACCUUUACCGUUCCCGGCAACAUGAAGUCGCGCGAUCUCGUGGUUGAAAUCAAGAAGCUCAAGCUUACUGCGGGUAUCAAAGGCCAAGACCCCAUCAUCAAUGGCGACCUGCCCCAUGCUAUUCUCGUCGACGACUCGACCUGGACGCUCUCCACCAACGCGGACGGAACCAAGACGGUCGAAAUUCAUCUCGACAAGGUCAACAAGAUGGAGUGGUGGGCCCACGUCGUGACCGCCGCCCCCAAGAUUGACGUGACCAAGAUCCAGCCCGAAAACUCCAAGUUGUCGGACCUUGACGGCCAGACGCGCGGCAUGGUCGAGAAGAUGAUGUUUGACCAGCGCCAGAAGGAGCAGGGUCUGCCCUCGUCCGACGAGCAGAAAAAGGCAGACAUUCUGAAGAAGUUCCAGGAUCAGCACCCCGAGAUGGACUUUAGCAAGGCCAAGUUCAGCUAG